ACCCCCCACCCCCCCUCCACCAACGGGGCCUCCACCCCCUUCGCAGUAAGCCUCGGACGGGCCGUGCCGUCAUAGCUGUGAGUAGGGGGUCGCGCUUGGGUAGUGUUGUGUCGUCGGGAAGGACCGUAGUACAGGCGGCAGGAGGGGGACAUAUGAAACGUUGAAAGUGCCCGCUUGAGUACGGGGACUAAAGCCGUGGCGAGUGUUGGCUGCCUGGUGUAUUGUGGGAUGCCUUGAGCGAGCAGAAGCACAUACAUAUAAUAUGUGUUGGCUCGUAAAAAAGAAGGCUGGAGCCCGUCAAACCAUGUCAUGUUAGUUGAAAAAUGUAGCCGAGCUCACCUUUUACAGAAAAAGGAGACGAUCGCAGGUCGACUACGAUGUCUUUUAAGGAGAUCAAACCUGCAGAAAAAGCAAGGCACCCGGAGGAACAUGGCAAAAAACAGAGUUCAAGUUGGAUCAACGGGAUGGAGUGCAGUAGUAGCCAAGCCAGUAGCUCUGGAGAGAAAAGAAGUCACAAUUGGAGAAGCUACAAGUUGAUUAUUGACCCUGCUUUGAAAAAGGGACAACAUAAACUGUAUCGUUAUGAUGGGCAGCAAUUUAGUGUGCCUAAUUCGGGUAUCCCGCCUGUAGAGUCCGUUGGAGAUCCACGAAUGGGACGAAUAUGGACCAAAAACCGAGAUUUAGACUUGCCGAUACCUAAAUUUAAGAUUGACGAGCACUAUGUGGGACCCGUGCCUCCCAAACAGGUGACAUUUGCGAAGCUGAACGACAACAUCAGAGAGAAUUUUCUGACAGACAUGUGCAAAAAGUAUGGUGAGGUGGAAGAAGUGGAGAUACUGUACAAUCCCAAAAAUAAGAAGCACCUUGGAAUUGCCAAAGUCGUCUUUGCCACAGUGAAAGGAGCCAAGGAAGCAGUACAGCAUCUUCACAAUACUUCUGUUAUGGGCAACAAGAUACACGUGAUAUCGGAUACAAAAGGUGGGCAAAAAGUACAGACCUUUUGGGUGUACGUGUCCUACAGUUAUGUCCCACAGACUUUACAAAUGGGUUCUGAGAGUGAUAUAUCACCAACUAGCAAUACUACUUUACAGUUGGCAGAUAGCCUACAAAGACUGACUGAAAGUAUCCAAGCUGUAGGAUUAGCACUAACCCCAAAUAGCAGUACUCCCUUUUCUCAAGACACUGCAUACUCUAGCUGUUGGCAAGACACACCCAACUCAUUUGGUCAGUACACCCCACAGUCUCAAGGAACACCUGUUACACCAAGGCAAGGGACACCGUUUUCCCAGGAUUCAAGCUAUUCUAGUCGGCAGACAACACCAGUCUACCAUUAUGGACCAGAGGCUGCAUACAAACCUAGGAGGCAUGAGACUAAAUUCAAAGACGCUUACAAUCAGCGGCCAGGACAUCAUUAUGUGCAUAGUUCGACAUUAUUCAGAAGUGCAGAAUCUUCUUUUAAUACCACAUGCAAACCACAGCAGUCAGAAUCCUCACCUUUUCCUCACACACCUCCAAUUAGUCACUCAGGUUCAACUUACAAGUCUGCAUUUUCCCCUUACCAAGCCCCAUCUGUAUAUACUCCACCUGCUGAGCAACAGUAUCCUCAAACACCUAGAGAUGUUGAAUACCGAAGGCCUGCACCAGUAACUUCAGAAUCUCUUGUACAGAGUAAUGUAAAUAUUGAUUUUGUACCAGUUAAAGAAAAGGUUGAAGACCCGCCCCUUCCAGAUAUCCAUGUAUCUAGAGAACACAUUGCUGCAUCUUUUGCCCGAACACCAGAACGAUGUGAAUCUCCUGGAACACCAACCAUGGAGUCUGAAAUGCAGCAUAACAGUUUAGACUCAAGGAUAGAGAUGCUUCUAAAAGAGCAACGAACAAAGCUUCCAUUUUCAUUUCUUAAUGAACGGGAAUCUGAUCAUGAACUUCGAAUGGAAUGCAGUCCAAUAUCAUCAUCUUCCUCUCAACUUUCUCCAGUAUCCUUUCUUCCUAAUUCUCAGACUCAUUUCAGAGUCCCCACACCAUUAUCAAGACCUUCCAGCACCGGACUAGAGGACAUUAGUCCUACACCAUUACCAGAUUCUGAUGAAGAAGAUGAUGAUGAAGAGCUUAUUCCUGGAGUAUCUAUAUUGAGUCACACUUCAAGGGCAGCUUCUGAAGCAAGCAUUACUCCUGUGGAUCAGUGCAAUCAAAUAAGCAGUACUUCAAAAGGUGAAAACUUGGAAGUUAAGGAUCUGUCACUUGGAGCUCAUGCCCUCGUUUCUGAAAAAAUUGAUGAGGGCCAGCAGUCGUCUGGUGAGGAUAUGGAGAUAUCUGAUGAUGAAGCUAACUGUGAACUAAUAGCAAGUGCAGAAUGUGCCAAACCCAUAGUCGUCAACCCUCCAGUUUCUGCUUCUACAGUUAUAACCAUUCCUCCUCCUGGAUUCCCUCAUCUGCCGCCGCCUCCACCACCACCUCCACCACCACCACAGACAGUAUUUCCAUUGCCUCCACCUCUUCCACCCCCUCCACCCCCACCUCCUCCUCCAACCCAUCCAGCUGUUACAGUUCCACCACCUCCACUGCCAGCACCUCCUGGAGUGCCACCUCUUCCUCUCCUUCCUCCACCACCUCCAUUUCCUCCAAGCAUUGUCCCGAUGAUUCCAGUGGAAAUGAUAAAUGUUCUAAACCAUCAGUGGGGCAGUGCACCAAUGUCUUUUCAAAUGCAGACUCAGAUGUUGAGCCGUAUUAUGCAGGGACAACAGACAUACCAGCAUCCUCCAGUUGUUGCAAGAGGAGUACAGUUUCGUAAUCUUCCCCCUUUCCGCCCAUUUACUCCAGGUACAAGCUCAAACCUGAACUUAACAUGGAUGCCUUUCCCCAAAUUUGAUCCAUCUGUGCCACCACCAGGAUAUGAACCUAAAAAAGAAGAUCCGCAUAAAGCCACUGUGGAUGGAGUUUUGCAGGCUGUUGUGAAAGAACUGAAAGCUAUCAUGAAGCGAGAUUUAAACAAGAAAAUGGUUGAAGUGGUGGCUUUUAGAGCAUUUGAUGACUGGUGGGACAGAAAAGAACGCUUAGCGAAGGCAAAUCUUACUCCAGUAAAAUCUGGAGAUGGCAAAGAUGAAGAGAAGCCUAAGCCAAAGGAUCCUAUGUCAUCAAGUCUUUUUGAGAGCUGGAGCAAAGGGGAAGGGCUGGGCUGUGAGGGAAUGGGCUUAAAUAUUGGCCUUCGUGGAACCAUCAGAAUGCUCUCCUUCAAGGUGAAGCGGAAGGAACCCCCAGAGGUUGCAACAUCAGGAGAUCAGAAGAGAUUGCGACCCUCCACACCAGUUGAUGAUGAAGAUGAAGAGCCAGAGCGAGAUACAGAUACAUCAGAUUUUGUCAAGGCAGAUCUGGAUGCGGUGGGUCCAAAACGCCGUCAUUCACGACCCAAGGAGUUGGACAGUGAAGGGGAGGAAGAAGAGGAAUUAUCUGGAAAGGAAGAAGAGGAAUCCUCCGAUAAAGAUGAAGAAUUGGAUAGAGACAAAAUAUCGGAGAAAAUGCAGUCAUACAAGGAGGAUGAUGAUGCAGAUGAUGAAGAGGAAGAUGAGGAUGAAGAUGCUGAAGCUGAAACUAGUGAGAAAGAUGACCAAGACUCUGAAGAAGAUGUUGCCAGCCUGGCCUCAUCCAAAAUUGAAGCAGAAUCCUCAGAAGAGAGUGAUGAGUCUUCUGACUAUGAAUUCAGCUCAGAAUCUGAAGAGGAGGAAGAGGAAGAUGAAGAGGAAAAACCAUCUGUAAUUUUGGAGGUGGAGUCUGAGGACGAUGAAGCUACAGCAGUGAUUGCAGACAAGGCCAUAUCCGAAGUUGAACCUGUGACUGUGGCUGUGGAGGAAAAUGCAGAAGAAAAGGUGUUAGUUGAAGAUAAGGUUGCAGCAGAUAUUAGAACUGAAGAAAAAUUUAUUAGAACUGCAGAAUCUUCAGUGCUGGCACAAACAUUAGUGCAAGAAUGUCACUCUGUAAAUGCAGAAAAGGUCAUAGAGGAGGCAGAGGCUGAAACAACAAAGGUCAAAAUAGAAGGAGACUCAGAUAAACUGGGGCCUAAAAAGGAACAGAAGAAAGACCAGAAGUCUGUCUCAUCCCCUAAAAGGAUAUUAGUAGAAGAGCCUGAACCUGUUAUAACACUGGACGUCAGAGAGAGUGAAAAUGUAGAGUAUUCAAAGUUGGAGCCACCGAAAGAGCUUAAAGGACUCAAGCCACCUACUCCAACUGGAGGCUUUGGUGCACUGUUAACCAGCAGGUCUGAUGACAGUGAUUUAGAAGUGCGAGUCAGAAAUAAGUUCUCCUCACCUGCAACAGACGAUGAUGAUAACUUUCCCAGGACUCCUGGCAGGGAGGUAUUGGCUCAUUUAGAAUGUGAUCUUCCUAUCCCACUUGAGCAUCAAAGACCAUUACUUGCAGUACCUCCUUCACCAAACGGUGAGGAUAUAUCAGCUCUUGCAGAGACCGCAUCAGAACAUAUGCCUUUACCCAAGUCAUCACCCGAGGAAGAUCUUCCAAGGACUCCAGGUCGUGAUAUUAUUACAAAGUCUACAAAAUCUUUGUCAAAAUCCCAGAGUACAGAAGCAGUUCCAUCCACACCAGGAAGUGAUGCCCCACUAACAGGAAACAGCCUAACUUUGAGUUCUCCUCACGUUCCAGGGAGCCCAUUUUCAUAUCCUUCUCAGUCACCAGGUCUCAAUAGUGCUGUUCCUAGGACUCCUGGCAGAGAUUUUACUUUUACUCCUACUUUCCCUGAAGCAGGUUCUUUAGCUAACAGGAAGCAUCUGGUGACUGGUUUAGAAGGAAAAAUAUUUAAAGAACCUUAUUGUGCUUCCUUACUACCUGGUGUAAAUAGUUUUACACCAAUUGCUCCACCUCCAAGCCCACCAACAUUAGUUGUCCAGAAAGACUUAGACUUACCAUCUGAUUCUGCUGUGGACUCGGUAAGCUCUGCAAGUGAAUCAGAUGACAGAAAGAUCCUCACAGAGGACAGCAAAACAGAAACAAGUCCUGCACUGUCUUCUCCAGAGGCUUUGCUGCCAUUCAGAAAGAAAACUGGCAGGUCAAAACUAAAACUGUCUCCUAAUCAUUGUGUCGAACCCAGUGUUGUACCUCCUACAUCCACGCCAUUGAUUGAUGCAGAUUUUAGCAAAGACUUGUUCAACAGACAUGCUGCUGGCAUUUAUGGAGUAAAGGAUCCUGCAGAGGUCACUUUAGAUUUUAGGGAAGAUGGUUGUGACAGGGAACCCGAAACAUUAUUUGAUAAAUUCAAGUUUCAUGAUGACUUGGAACACCAAUGGGCUGAAGGGCUCACAGCACAUGACUUUUCUAAAAAGAAAUUUAGUCAAAGGCAUAAUAAGUAUGAGGAAGAAAUCAUAAGAUUUCCUUCACCGGGGUAUUCACCUCCCUUACCUGCCUUCCGAAUGCGCACAGAGUUUGAGGAGAUGGCAAUUUUGUAUGACAUAUGGAAUGGAGGUAUAGAUGAGGAAGACAUUAAGUAUAUGUGUAUUACAUAUGAAAAACUGCUGCAACAGGAUAACGGCAUGGACUGGCUCAAUGACACACUAUGGGUCUGUCAUCCACCUUCCUCUAGUUCUGCCCCAAAGAAGAAGAGGGAUGAUGGAUUACGUGAACAUGUCACAGGAUGUGCUCGAAGUGAAGGUUACUACAAAAUUGACAAGAAGGAUAAGCUCAGAUACCUCAUUGAGACCCGCACACUGGAAGAGGAGCCUCCAAUUGAUACACAGGGAAUGAGUAUUCCAGCACAACCACAUGCUUCAACGCGAGCUGGCUCUGAACGGCGAUCAGAACAGCGCCGUCUCCUAUCCUCCUUUACAGGAAGCUGUGAUAGUGACCUCCUGAAGUUUAACCAGCUGAAGUUCCGCAAGAAGAAGUUAAAAUUCUGCAAAAGUCAAAUCCAUGACUGGGGUCUCUUUGCAAUGGAACCAAUUGCAGCAGAUGAAAUGGUCAUUGAAUAUGUAGGCCAGAACAUUCGACAGGUUAUUGCAGAUAUGCGGGAGAAGCGAUAUGAGGACGAAGGGAUUGGGAGUAGUUAUAUGUUCAGAGUGGACCAUGACACCAUCAUUGAUGCUACAAAGUGUGGGAACUUUGCCAGGUUCAUCAAUCAUAGCUGCAAUCCCAACUGCUAUGCUAAAGUCAUCACUGUGGAGUCUCAGAAGAAAAUUGUCAUAUACUCCAAGCAACCAAUCAGUGUGAAUGAAGAAAUAACAUACGACUACAAGUUUCCAAUUGAGGAUAACAAAAUCCCAUGCCUGUGUGGUUCAGAAAGCUGCAGAGGAACCCUUAACUAAGAGGGAUACUCAUUAUAGCAUCUUCAGCCAUAUUGGACUGCAAUUUCCCGGGCAUGGUCGCACUUCGCCAAAAAAAAGAAAACAAUUCGCACUUCUGCUGGACUCACAAAGCAUAAAGCGCACAUGUAUGUCAAUACUGUGUUUACAAUUCAGGUGCUUUUCCUUUGUAAAGUUAAAAAAGGUGUUUACCACUCUCCGUCACA